AACCUCCCCACUCCCACCAUAACAUGAAACACAUCCAUCGUUCGCACGCGCGCUUCCCCUCAUGCCGUUUGCACGCUCACCCCAUUUCCCGUUUCCAGUCUCCCGUUCGUGAGGGGCCUGCAGUGGGGUAAAAGAAACGGAAUUGAAAUCACCACUGCUUUCCCAGCAUCAAGGCGAAGUACGCAUUUCCAGGUUCAAGGAACGAAGCUUCCAUCGCCUCCGCAUACCGCUCUGUCGAAGUGAUAGUACAUCGUCCAAAAGCCACAGCAUGGGGAACAAGAAACGCCUGUACAUCGCCGUCUACCCCAGCGGCGUCGUCGGCAACGAGGAGAGGAGAUACCACUGGGCCUUCCUCAUCGGCCCCAAGGCCGAAAAGGGCCAAUCCGCACGAGGAAAGCGAUUCCACGUCAAAAACGAACCCCUCACGGGCUGGACGUACGAGGAAAAGGACGUCGCCGACGUCAAACAGACCACGACGCUGCUGGGCCGCGUCCUCAUCGCCAAGAUCGAAGACGAGCAGCGUCUCGUCGACCUGCUGCGCAAUCAGCCCGUCGUGAAUGGCGAUCCGAAUUGGAGGUGUCGGUCCUGGGUGGCGUCGGCGCUGGAGGCCGUGGCCAGGGAUGGGAGGUGUGUGGGCAGGGCGGAGUUGGAUUGGGGCAGGAUUGAGCCGUUUGUGAGGGGGUAUAUUGGGCGGAAGAGGGAGGAGGGGAGGUAUGAGAGGCCGGAGGAUUUGGCGAGGCCGCGGCCGACGUACGAUUUGCUGGAGGGGAAGGAGACGAUUGUUUGAGUACUCCUUGAAUAGGUCUUCAAUAUAUUCAUGG